AGCCAUGUUGGCUCAAGCCAUUUGGGCUCAGGGUAUCGAUAGCACUUGUGAGAGAUAGUCGCAUCGAUGGGAGGGUGCGCAAGCCGUCCCGCGAUACCGGAUCCUGCUCCAGCGAUACUGGAUCCUGCUCCAGACUUCGAGGACGAGCAAUCACCUGAGCUCGAGCAGCACGACCCGCGGUGGGACCACGACGGCUUCAACGAGUGGGCGGACGAUUGCCGCUUGCAGUGGCUGAGCGUCGAAUACGUGCGGCAACUUCACGGCACACGUCAGCUCUUGCCUGGAUGCCAAGACUGCUCGCCGUCCGGUGUGCAUGUGGGGGCUCCGCCAAAUGGGGUCGAGCUCUUCCAUGUCGUCCAUCGGUAUCUGGGAUUCAAGCAUCCCGAUCCAUGCGGUGAGCAUCUCAAAGACUUGGUCGAGCUUCUCACAGAUGCGGAUGGUGCCGACUUGGUGCACAUCGACUGGUGUGCGGUGCCUCGCCAACGCACUGAGGAUAAAAAGCUCAUUGCCUUCGAUCACUCACUCGUCGAUGAGCGCACGCCGGAAGAGCAUCGGCGCAAUGACGUGUACUACUCGCGGACGGUCUUCCUUGUAACGUACGCGCCAAUCCGCACCAUUGUGCUGCACCGCGUGCCUCCCUACUCAGAUGGCGCAACUCGACCCUACCCUGAGAUAGCAAGUUCGGCAUGGGCUACGUACGAAUUGAUGCUCGCCGCGUACUGCCAGCGCGUCGUCAACUCGUCGCACCCCAUCGUCAAAUCAAUGAUCACCCCCGACUCGCUGACCGACCCAGUCGGCGCGAUCCGCGAGGGUGUGCGUAGUCAGCGGCUCAAGAUCGCGAUUGCGAGCGAGAUCGACAACAUCAUUCUGCCAAAUAUGCGCCGGGCGUUCGGCUCGAUGCUGCCUGUAUACGAUGACCACCGCGGCUUCCGCUCCUUCUGCGUGGCUGCGGAAAUCGCGUGGGUCAAGGUCAGCUACGUGCGACGGUUUGUCGCGCUCACCAACAUGAGCGGCGGGCGCACGUUCCCGAGGCGUCAGGAGCUUCCCCGCGGCACAUUCUACGUGGGCUUGCCACCAGAAUCACGCCGCAUGUACGUCGUCUCGCACGGCUGGGCGACGGAACAUCACCCAAGUCCGAGCGGCUUGACGCUGCGACGGCUGCUGGAGGCCAUUGACAUGGAUGAGGGCGCGAGCGACGAUGACGGUAUAUUCCUCGACUUUUGCAGCCUCGACCAGCGCGCGCGGCCGCAGUCUGCUGGUCAGCUGGCACAGCGUGAGCGUACAGUUGCCGAGACGCGUCGAUUCUACCUCGCACUGUGGGAGAUGACGCGCAUGUAUUCGUACUGCGGCUGCCGCGUGGUGGUGCUGCCAGAGAUCGAGCCAUGGCAGCUCUUUGAGGCCGCAGGCACUCAGCCUGAGCGUGUCCACAGCGAGGUCAAGGGGCGCACUUGCCUCAGGAGCGCCGUGUGGGGCUGGGUGAAUGAGGUGCCAUACCACUGCCGUGGCUGGUGUUUCGCAGAGUUUUCGUGUGCGCGCAAGGCUGGCAUAAUCGCUAACGGGCGCGAUCCCGCCGUUCAGAGUGUCUUUGAAGCACGCGAGUGGCCGGCUGAUGCGCCGAGCUACACGCGCAACAUGGAGGACCCAACCAUCGAGUUCACAAGCAAGGGCGACCGCGAGUACGUGGCGUACAUCUUCACCAAGAUGAUCUUCGACCCGAGGGUGAUCAUUGAUCAAUGAAUGACACCAGGCAUGGGGUGGCACGCCAGGACGGAAUUUUACGCCAGGGAUAACGGACUGCUAAGAGCCAAUAUGUUUGGUAGCAGACUCCAGAACAUCUGCUAGCUAGCUACAUGAUCAGGUUUCACGUUUCACUUCGAUGGCAUUUUAUGCCAGUCAGCUGGUAGCAGAAGUUGCGAUGCUAUAGUUGCGGGGACGACUUCGGAUCACGCUGCUGCUUGAAUGCGUGCAUCUCCCAAGAGUAAGGCUGAAGGUGAAGGUCCUCGCAUCUCACGAGUGAUCGUGCGGACGCUAGAGGCUGGUGCGCAUUUGGCAGUAGUGCCUCGCGCGAUGCCCCUCCUCCUGGAAGCUCCCGUCCGAUGGCAGGACUGCCUGGUGCCGGUGGCUAGAAUGUAACAAAUCGUUUCACUGAACUACUCAUCGGGAUUGUGAGCGGAGGGCAGGAUUGCCUGCGCUCCCAGCUUGACAUGCAAGAUUUGAUCAUCUUCGGAGGGUCACCGCUCGCAUGCGUUUGCUCGGGGGCAAUCGCUCUUGUCUGCUCUUGUCUCUCGGAGAAGCUCUUUCCUAUGAUUCGUGGGUUGAUCAGGCCCUUCAUUGCGGUUCAUCGUGGCUUUAGUCGUGGGGCGUUUUAAGUGAACGUCGGCUUUGGUCGCAGAAGACUGGCUUGCGCUAGGGCUGCGGCGUAUCUAGGCACUCACGUUGCAGGCGGCUAGCUUCUGGAGAACCUGAAGCUCUACAUUGCAUGGCAAAAGGUGUGCAGUGCGAUGAACGAAGCAGGUGUGGGAGUGCAUCUUGACGGCCGGUACUUUCAUUGAUGGGGUAAGUCGGAUUUCUCCCUGAAAACCGGGCCGUUCACGACAGGCGAUUUGGCAUGGUCCGCCGCUUCAUUGCAUAGGAUUGAAUGUAACCGCCAUGAUACGCACAAAUUUUAUGCUGCUAGGAAUUGGCGCGCAGUGGACGUGUGUAGGGAGGGCGAAUGCCCUGGUAGCCUCCCAUUGCGGUAAGGCUGCAUGGUUCUUCUCUCGAAUCGCAUUUUCAAGCGAUGAGUCGUUGUGCUGAAUGGCUACGGUUAAUGGCCACGGGAUUCUCAAUGCUGGCGACUGCUGUCUUGAAUGCUGAAUGGACUUUUAAGCUGAUGCGCGGUGCACCUUGGCGCCCCCCAAAAAUAGAUAGCCCGAGAGCGCGCAACGGGGGCCCAAGAUGGCCUGAAUAAGGCCAAAAAAGG